AUGGCCGCCCAGAAAGACAUGCAAGAUCUGCUGCGCCUGCUCACAACAGGACGCAACAAAGUACCUAUGCUGGCUGCAAUGGGACGCGUCAAGCUUCUACAAGGCGCGAAUAUACGCAGUAUUUCAGAUAUCGCAGUCACCAGCUUGCCCACUCUAGCCAAAGCCCUGGCCGUUGACGAGAAGACCGCGAAACCCCUCCUCUUAGCCAGCAAAGCGCACCUCAAAUCCGACAGCACCACCACGCCCGGUACCAAACGCGUCGCCUCCUCGGCGCUCUCGCCCUCCUCCGCUUCAAAGCGACCGAGAUCCGCGUACGAGCUCUCCCACGAGCCGCAGACGCCUGCGGAGCUGGAAGCGUCCCUGCAGCUGCCGCAGCCGAGUACGGACGAGGAGGCGAUUGAGAGAUGCGUGGUGCAUACCAACCGUGCGCCGCUGGUGCUGGCAUUUGCGUGUGCGUUGCUGAAGUACACGAUGCCGGAGCAGCCGCUGAGCGGGAGGCUGAGUCUGGCGCAGGCGGUGGUGAGUGCGAAUAGUAGGAGCAAGGCUGUCAGCAUCGGGAUCCAGGCCGGGAAGGCGGCGGAGGAGGAGGGGUGGGGGAAUGGGCAGCCGAAGAUUAGGAUUAUGGGACGGGAAGUCAGCGUGCUGAAACGAAGCGGGUAUGAGUGGAAGGAAGAGGUAAAAGCCGAAGCUGUUGAGAGUGUGGGAGAGCAGAGCAUGGCGCAAAGAGAAGAGGGGGUUAUUAAGGAGGAAGAGGGCUCUGCUGCUAAAGUAGAGGAGGGGGAGGGAGCGAAAGUGACGACCGGCUGGACAGUCUCCUCUCCUAUAACGCUCAAGCAAAGCACCUUCAUCGCGCGCUCCAUCUCCAUCACCAGCCCCUCCGACGCAACAUCCGCUCUGAAUACUCUGCUCGCCCAAAACAAAGAUCUCCGAGACGCAAGUCACAAUAUCUCGGCCUGGCGCGUCCAAGGCGCAAGCGGCAUCAUCGAGUCCAGCAACGACGAUGGCGAGUCUGGCGGUGGUCGCCAUAUCCUGGGUCUCAUGCAAGCAGACAACAUCGUUGGCGUCUUGCUGGUAGUCACGCGCUGGUACGGUGGUAUCAUGCUUGGUCCCGAUCGCUGGAGAAUCAUGAGCCAGGUCUCUCGCGAUGCGCUUUCGCAGCGUCUGCGUGUAGCCGGUGUCGUGGGUCAGGAUGCGCUGUGGGGAUUAGAUCUGGAAGCGAUGAAAAAGGCGGGCUCCGUUGCUGCUAUGCCUAUUCAUCGACCCGAGGGUGCUAGAGCGUAUAUCAUGAAGGCUUUCGGAUCGCCUGAGUUAACGAAUGGGGGAGCGAAGAAAAAGAGGUCUGGUGCCGCGUUGGACAGGGAGAAAAAGGAGAAUCUUGGGAUGUUGCUGGGGGCGCUGGAUCUGCUGUUUGGGAGUUGGGUUGACCAUUUCAGUAGGGAGGAGCUGGACAGGAGGGCUUGGGGAUGGUAUGUGACUGUGAGGCCUGACGUUGCUGGUGGUGUGGCUGGCUGGGGUGGAAAGGGGGAGGUCAAGCUUAGCGAGAUUUUGAGGUUGAGGAGGAGGAAUGGGAGUUAG